AAAGUGUGCGCAGCUGGGUCGGAGGACGCAGAAGGGAAUAAAGAGGAGGAUAUUGGGAUUAUACUUGAUUUCGGGGUGAAACAGUCUAUUUACGCACUUGGAGAUAUCCUCGGGAAGCAACGAUUUACCCGCCAGUAAUGACAGAGGAGAAGUCCUCCACGGAGCAUGGGUCGGACUCGGAGCCCCCGACCUCUCCGGCGGGGUCCGACGCCCAAGAGGCAGCGCCCAAAACGGAGAGCAGCGCGGCGGCUGAGCGCUUCCCAGCCUGCAUCCGGGACGCGGUGUCGCAGGUGCUGAAGGGUUACGACUGGUCUCUGGUACCGGUGCCCUCACACGGGGACAGAGGGCUGAAGAGCAAACCCCGGGUGAAGCGGCCGAUGAACGCCUUCAUGGUGUGGGCUCAGGCUGCUCGGAGGAAGCUGGCGGACCAGUACCCUCAUCUGCACAACGCGGAGCUCAGCAAGACUCUGGGGAAACUCUGGAGACUUCUCUCUGAAACAGAGAAGCGUCCCUUCGUCGAGGAGGCCGAUAGGCUGAGGAUGCAGCACAAGAAAGACUACCCGGACUACAAGUACCAGCCACGGAGACGCAAGACUACCAAACCGGGGCAGGGGGACUGUAGACCCGGACCGGUCCAGCAGCAGCAGCAGGGCUUGUACAAGACAGAACCAGGUGUGGCCAGGCUGUCUGGCACAGGGGAAGUGCACCAUCAUUACCACCCAGACAAGACAGGUCAGUCUCAUGGACCUCCAACACCUCCCACGACCCCUAAAACCGACCUCCACGUGGGGAACAAACAUGAAGGCCCGCGGCCCGUGGACAGCAGCUCUGGCUCCGCCCCCCCAACCAACCGUCAGAACAUUGACUUCAGUAACGUGGACAUCUCGGAGCUCAGCACCGACGUCAUCGGCACCAUCGACGGAUUCGACGUCCACGAGUUCGACCAGUACCUACCCCCCAACAGCCACGGCUCCACCCUUCUGACCCCGCCGGACAGCGGCCACGGACACAGCAACCACCCCGGGUCCUUCCUCCUGCCCGGCAUCCACUCUCACAGCAUCCCCAUUUGGACACCCAAGAGUGGGACUUCCACUGGCGUGUCACCGUCCUCGUCCAGUCGUGACCACAGCCAAAAAACUCAGAUUAAAACUGAGCAGAUGAGCCCGGGUCACUACGGCAGCUCCUCCUCCUCCACUCCCCCACCUCCACAACCCGAGUACACGUCCCUCAGUUCCUCCACUUCCCCCUCCUCAUCCUCCGCCAACCAAUCUGACUACACCGACCUCCAAGGCUCCAGUAUCUACAGCGCCUUCUCCGGGUACCCCGCCAGUCUGUAUCAGUACCCGUACUUUCACUCCUCUCGCAGGCCCUAUUCCACUCCUCUAAUCAACAGCCUGGCCUUGGCGCCACCUCCGCACAGUCCUCCCUCUGGCUGGGAGCAGCCUAUCUACACAACCCUCGGCAGGCCUUGAAGAGGAGGAAACCCCCUCAUGUGUUUGGUUAUAUGGACCAAAGCUUUAAUGACUACACAGAUUGGGACAGAACAGUAGCCCGCUUUAAUGACUUUUAAGAGAUUUGUUGACUUAAAAUGUUAAUUCCUGAGGUUUUGACAAGUGUGUAUUUCUAAAGGACAGCGGUGAUAUCUUUUGGUCAAAGCUUCAUAUUGC